GAUCAGAAAUCCCCCGAGGAACCAAGUGGAGACUUUCAGAGGACAGAAGAUGCUGAGAAUGAAUGAAUGUUUUAUUAGACCCCAUGAAAACAGAGAGAACCAAGAGCAGAAACGAAAAACAAACAGGACAACAGACAUAAAAGACAGAAUCGAACGGAGCACUUCCGGUGAUGGACGCAAAUAUCCCCGUCGCUCCCGUUCAGCGGCGCUGCAGCCCCGGUUCAUCAGGAAAUCAGGUCACAAACAUGACGUUCCCGUGACUCCGCCGCUCAACCGACACCAGAAAUCCACGCGCAGCCUUUGCGCAUGGUCAGUGUCUCCUCCGCGCUCCCUCCCCCUCCUCCCCCUCAGCAUCCAUCAUCAGAUGAUGCCCUCAGCCGUCUGACUCCUCGCAGCAUCAGCACCAGGUGAGUCCCUCCGUUCCUCGGUGAGUCUCCGGUGAUCUCGUCGCCUCCCCGACCGGUCGGUGCCUCCGGCGGGGUUUGUCAACGGUUGCUGCCCGCUUUCCCGCGGUUCUCCCCGGAUGAGCGGCGCUAGUUCCCGCGGACGGACGCGGUCUCCGUGUUUGCUGGCGGGGGGCGCGCGCCUGCCGGUGCGCCGCGGUGUGCUUCCCGACGCGCGCUGACAAACAGCUCCGUGCAUCACAAGGUCACGGUAUGAUGAUCACGGCGGGCACGUCCGCUCGCUCACGGGCACUCCGGCGUCUCGCGCUGCCCGAGAGGCGGUCGGUGGCUGACGUGAACCGUUUCUCUCCGGCGGGAAGACGGUGGAUUUGACCGCAGAAAAGGAAUGAUGGAGGGGACCCUGAAUGCAACACCUGGGAUGACGUUUGUCACCUGCCUCAGCUGAGACAAGAGAUCUGCAACGUCAUCACCUGCAAACUGACCUGAGAGUCCCGCAAAUGACGGCCGGCGGAGCGCAGGUCCGUGAAGACAUGACCGCAGGCCCAUGGAGUCGUGUCUGAACGCCGUGGAGCUCCAGGAGCUGCGAGGAGGUCGGUCUCCUCUGGCAGCCUCGGCGCCUCGGUCAGGUUCCUCGGUGGGGGGCGCCGGCCGGGGGUUCGAGAACGCCUCCUACCAGCAGGACGAGGAGCAGACCCCGCAGCAGCCAGCGAGUCGUUCGCCUCCCACAGUCAACGGCAGUAAGCAGCAUCCAGCAGGUUCUCCAGAGUCCUACAACGAGGAGGAAGGAGCUGUGGAGGCAGGCGGGGGGCAGGAGGACGGGCAGGUGGACGACCGUUCUGCCGACUAUGGCUUCAUCCUGGCGCUGGUCUUCCUGGUCAGUGGGAUCGUCUUGGUGGUCAUCGCGUACACCAUCCCCAGGGAGGCCAAGGUGGACCCCGACUCGGUGUCGGCGCGUCAGAUGGAGAAGCUGGAGAUGUACUACGCCCAGCUGGGGUCCCACCUGGACAAGUGCAUCAUUGCAGGCCUGGGCCUGCUGACCUUGGGGGGCAUGUUCCUGUCUGUGCUGCUCAUGGUCUCCAUCUGCCGGGGGGAGAUGUACCGACGCAGGGCGGCGUUCGUCCGACCCAAGAGGACUUACGGCUCCAUCAACCUGAGGAUGAAGCAGCUCGCCACGGGUGAAGCAGCAGGAGGGGAAGGCGGGGACGGAGGGGAGGACUGUUUGGUGGGAUGUGCUGAAGGUCAGAACUAUUUUCAGGCAGAAUCCAGCAGGGAUUCAAACCCAGAACCAAGACCUGCUGCUGCUGCUGCUGCUCCAUGUGGAGUUUAGACCUCUCUUUAGGCCUCUUUGCUCCCCAUAAGGUGGUAGGUGGGAGUGGCAGGUCAUCCAGGUGAGACACCAGCAACCCGCCACCUGCUGGACAGAUCCAGCUCCUCUUCUGGAAUCAGUCGUAUGAGAGGUUACGGUGGCAGCAAAGGAGGAGAUGUGGAGGUGAUAGGCAGAGCAGCAGGUCCCAGAAUGUCCACCUCAAUGUUUCCACCGCAGACGGGUGGAUGACGGCAGUUAAGAGACGUUCAAACUGCAGACUGUGAUGCUCCAACACUGCUGUGAAUGAAAGCACCAAACCAGCCGCCCUGAAUGUGACAAAAAUACAAUAAAAGCAGCAAAAAUCCUGCCUUCCUCAGCUCCAGAGGAAUCAGUCCCUCAGACGUGGCAGGACGCUCCACAGCAGAACAAACAGGAGCCUCGUCCUCAGCUUGGACAGCCGUCUGGUUGCCGGUUCUCUUUCCUUCUGUUGCUGCUUCGCCCUGAAAGCCGGCCCGUGGGUGUUUGGACUGACCUACCUGAUGCUGCUGCUGCAGGGACACCUGAAAGCUUCACCUGCCGCUGAUGGACCCAGACGCUCGCUGAGGCAAAGCAGAGACGGGUUCCUGCUCUUGGCGUGAACGCAUGAAUGUGUUUUUAAAGCUGUUUUUCACUUUUACUUUUAUAAGCGGACGGAUUCUGAGUGUAGACAGAAAUCUUCCUCUUAACGAUUAUUCUGAUUGUAUUCACUAUAAAAGAGAGAGUUCAUAUUUACUGGAUGACAGAAGCAAAGGAGACGUUUGUGUUCAGAAAGUGCUUUAAAUGUCAAAUCCUCCUGAUGACUGUAUCCUCUCUGUUGUGACGUCACAGAUCCACUUGGGUUUUUGCAGCAGAAUCUCCAGUUUCUGGUCAAAUGGCACAAAACUGAAAAGAAGAUGAGCAGCUCGAUGUGUUUACCGAAAGGAAUAAAAAUGAAAGUACCUGCCGACACACCGGUCUGUUCAAACCAAUGAGAAUCGAGUAAAGAUUCACUCAGACAUCACUGGAAAACACUAGACAUGCAAGUGCACACACACACACACACACACACUUCUGUC